AUGGGUUUUAACUCCGUGUAAGUUUUGCCUAAGCCACCUCCUAAGUUUACGUAGCCGUAGCAGUGUUUUCUGAACUCAGCUCUCGUACAAACAAGGUAUUUUAAUACAGAAUUGUUUUUUUUUUGGUAGACAUUCGCCAGAAAACGGAGUAAAAUGGGUUUUUUUAUUUCCAAAUCCUUGGAUCAAAACAUGAAGAAACAGCAAGAGUUUAUGCUGAUGAAUUCUCGACUUCAGCUGGAAAGACAGAUCCUGAUGCAGAAUCAGAUGCGAGAGAGACAGGUGGCAAUGCAGAUUGCAUGGUCCAGAGAAUUCCUGAAGUACUAUGGGGCUUUUUUUGGAAUCGCAGCUGCUGGAUGUAUUGUAGGUGCUAUGAAAAAGAGAAAACCUCAAAUCUUCCUGCCUAUAGUUCCGCUAAGCAUUGUUUUAGUAUACCAGCUGGACCUGGGCUAUGGAACGUUAGCAACCAGAAUGAAAGCUGAGGCAGAGACCAUACUGGAGAAUGAGAGCGAGAGGCUGGCGCUGCCAUACGGACCCCCCACCUUUGAGAGCAUUGAGAAAGCUAGACGAGCCCAAAGCACAUUUUUUAUUGAAAAAUAGCUGCCGUAACAACACAAUAAUUUCUCAGUGUAAUCUUUUACCGUGUGGCUUAUAAUUUGUGUCUUUUUAAUUGGGAAAAAAAAUAAUAAAUUGUUAUACCAAUUUAAAAAAAGACUAUAAUAAUGAAAUGUCUUGAGUGGUCUACAAAGGUAUUAUUCUGACUUGUAAAUACUUGAGAUGGAUUGUGUUGAACCUCAUGUUUGUAUUACUCACUGAAAUAAAGAUGUUCUAACCUGA